AACGGCAGGCUUGAGGACUUCCGGGUCAUCUCAGAUUGAGUGUGUUGUUGACUCGAGCUCGGUGUUUUCUCGUUAUUCUAUUUUCUCUGUAAAUGUCGCAAUGAUGUAGAUAAGAGGAAUAUUUGAGACCCUCCAUGACACGCGCGACCGGCCUCCGUCCCCGCGGGAUUCUGCGUGAAGACUGUGAGGAGUGAACGACUGUAAGGAGGAUGUGGCAGAGUGUUGGUUUGACGGUGUUGGUGAUCGUGGCCACGCUGAUAUGUGUCCUCCUCUUCAUGCUCUUCGGGUGGUACGUGGUGUGGCAGCUCUUCCUGUCCAAGUUUAAGUUCCUGCGGGAGUUGGUGGGUGACACCGGUUCCCCGCAGGCAGAAACCGAGCCCUCCGAGUCCGAGAGUGAACGCAGCUCGCCCUCGACACCCCGCCACCGUCCCAAGACCGCCCGCCAACGGGUCGUCCCUCCUGACAGCACUACAUAGAGCCUGACCC